AUGUCGCUUGCGCCUCUCAACCCGAAACCCUUCCUGACUUCCCUGACAGGGAAGCAGGUGAUGGUGAAGUUGAAAUGGGGAAUGGAAUAUAAAGGCUAUCUGAAGUCGUUUGAUGAAUAUAUGAAUAUUCAUCUUCUCAACAGCGAGGAGUGGGUAGACGGCAGCUUUAAAGGGAGUUUAGGAGAAGUGUUGAUUCGCUGCAACAAUGUUUUGUAUAUUCGUCAGGUUCAGGGAGAAGACGAUGCAGAAGAAGCUUCUUAA